AUGUUUCUCCUUGGCAAGUCAUCGACCUCUUCAAAACCUAUUGACUAUGAAAUCAAGAUUAUAAGUCCAUAUAAGGACUCGAUUUUAAUCCCAGCAUCACUCCCAAGUGGAUCGAAGAUUCCAAUACGGGGGUCAUUGGAAUUUACGCUGCCAGAAAGUCUUACUGUGAAGUAUAUAAGUCUUAAACUGGCUGCUCAUUUUAAACUAGAUUUCCUACAGUGUGCUAAACACAAAGGCGCCAAUCUUGUCAGCCACUUCCGCGAGGCGAGGCUCUUGCUCGAAUGUACUUGGGAUAACUUAAUUGUAUCUCCAAUGGGCACUGUUAGGAGCGGUCCAGAUGUUCUUCCUUGCAGCAGUCGCAGCUCGCCCGGGGGGCCGUCAUUUGAGCUCGCGAAAGGGCGGCAUACGUAUGCUUUUGAGGCUGAGCUGCCUGGUGAUCUUCCGGAGACGAUCGAAGGGCUACAGUGCGCUUCUAUUUUGUAUCGUCUUGAAUCCUGUAUUGAACGCGGAUGUUUCAAACUGGCGUAUUGCGCGCAAAAAUACCUGCGAAUUUUCAAAGUUCCGGAGCCUGAUAAUAUAAUGUUGAGCGAUUCCUUGACGGUAAUGCAGCUUUACCGGAAAGAACUCAAAUUUCAGGCGGAAAUUGCAACGCGGGGAAUUCCGAUAGGUGGGAAAGUGCCAAUAACUGUGUAUAUAUUUCCAUUUGCCAAGGGCUACCGACUAAGCAAUGUAACUUAUUUGCUUGAACAACAAUUUUACCUUCAGGAUUCUGCAGGGCGGCUUUACGAUGGAGAUACAACACUUUCAUGGCAAACUAUAGACAAAUUCGAAAAUCUUAAGGGCUGCGACAGUGAGUGCGGUAAUUCUCUUUUUGAUGUUGUAAAACUUGAAACAGAACUGCACGUUCCUGAUCAACUUAAACAGGUUACCCAAGACUGCACCAUUACGGAAAACGUAAUUAGAGUGCGACACAAAAUCACUGUUGACAUUUCCUUCGAGGGGCUGAGAAUAAAGAUCAUUUUGCCAGUCUUCCUCUAUGUGGCUCCUUGGGUUCCAUUAAGGGGCCGUAUGAUCAUGGUCGACAACGCAGGGAAAUUCCACAUAAGGGCAGAUGCCCAAACUUACGUGUUCGAGCCAACGCCUGAGUCUCAAUUACCUCCACUACUCCAAAUUGAGCCUAAUGAGGUGCCACCUUCUUACGAGUCACGGCAGCGCGAUCAGCUGUAUACAGACAUUCUCUACCAGAAUUCCGAUAGUCACUCUCCGACCCCAUCUGGGGAGUGGCUCCGAGAACUAAGCAGGGUACCAUCGUACAGGGCCCAAGACGAAUCCCAAAAUAUUCUUCCCCUUUACCAGCUCUCACCCGCUUACGACUAG